AUGUGUAGAAAUUCAUUCUCUGGUAACAUCCCCCGAUCUCUUUUUGCUCUUCCAUCAUUGUUGGAACUUCGUCUUAGUUACAACCAAUUUAAUGGCACUUUUCAACUCGACAACUUUCAAAGCCUUCCCAAUCUCACAUUUCUUUCUCUCUCCGGCAAUAGCUUGUUAGUAGAUGUUGGCAACGUCAAUUCGAUUUCAUAUGGUGGUCUCACAUUAAAAGAACUAGGCCUAGCUUCAUGUAACUUGUCCAGUUUUCCUGAUUUCAUCAAACAUUUGGAUCUAGAAGAAUUGGGUCUCGCAAACAAUAGUAUUGCAGGGGAAGUACCUAGUUGGGAUUGGGGAAAACGACUUUGGUAUUUGGACUUGUCGUUCAAUCUUCUGACGAAUUUGCAAAAGCCUUACCAUAUACCUGCUUCUCUUCGUUAUCUACGCUUGGCAUCUAACCAGCUUAAGGGCGAGUUGCAGAUGUCCAUUCCACUUCAAUCUGAACUCUCGAAAUUGUUUCUUGCUAAUAAUACUUUUAGUGGAUCAAUUCCAAUCUCCUUAUGCAAUGCUACACAUCUCGAUUUUCUUGACAUGUCUAGAAAUAAAUUAAGUGGCAGCAUACCCCCUUGCCUACUUGAAAACAUUAGUGUCCUCGAUCUGAGCCGAAACAACAUCAGCGGCAGCAUACCCCUUCGCUCACUUGAAAACAUUAGUGUCCUCGAUCUGAGUCAAAACAACAUCAGCGGUAACAUUCCGGAUACUUUUUCAAUGGUUUGUGAGCUAGGUUAUUUGGAUCUUAACAACAAUGCUUUAGAGGGGAAGAUCCCAAAGUCCAUUGGAAGUUGCAUGUGGUUGCAGUACAUGAAUGUUGGGAACAACAUGAUCAACGACACUUUUCCAUGCAUGCUAUCACCGGGGUUGAUUGCUCUUGUUUUGCACUCCAACAGAUUCCACGGGGAUUUAAGAUGUCACGGAAAUUGGCCUAGUCUUAAAGUUCUAGAUGUAUCAUCGAAUCAUUUUAGUGGAAGUCUUGAAUCAAUGGACUUCUCUAGUUGGACGGCUAUGGUGCUACCGAGUGGUGGAGAUUUCGGAGGCACUUUUGGCGGAAAGCUUGAUGUGGCAUUAAUCAUUAAAGGGAAAAUGUUGGAGUUUCACAAGAUUUGGUCAGACUUUAGUACCAUUGAUUUGUCUUCCAAUAGUUUCUAUGGAAAGAUACCAAAUGCAAUUGGUGAUCUUAACUAUCUUCAUCAAAUUAACUUCUCCCACAACGCCCUCAAUGGAAGCAUCCCAAAAUCAUUUGGUAGGUUGAGUAAUCUUGAAUCACUCGACCUCUCUGUAAACCAACUAGCAGGGCGCAUCCCAGAGGAGCUUGGAGGGCUCACAUUCCUAUAG